AUGGCUAGUCGUCGUGAAAGAAUAACUCAACUAAUUCCAAAUCCUGAUGCGAUGAGAAGACGGGAAUCUACUCGCGAGUGGAGAUAUUCUCAGCCGGACGGAAAUCCUAAUAAACGAUUUCGGGAUGAUGAUGAUAUCACCAAAAUGCGAGCUAAAUUUCCGCGAGUGCAUUUGACUCAACGGGAAAAGUUGCGGAAAAGGUUUGGAAUAUGCGAGGCGUUCAACAAGGAAAUCGAUAAAAUUAAAUCCCAUCGAAUCAAACUAGCGAUCAGUGCUAAUGGUUACCCCAGGCAGUAG